GACGCAGCCAAGGAAUUAUUAUUGCGAAGAAAACGCUCCCUGCUUCUUCACGGCUUGAUACCGAGACUACAGUGUUUAAGUUAACGGUUGACAAGAUUACCAAAUCCACCCCCCCUCAUAGACAAGCGUGCAUCUAGGUGAGCGACGAAAGACUGCCUGGAUCUGGAUGGAAGCAGUGUAAGCCAAGAGCCCCACCGGUCGAAGCGCAGUGCAGGGGCCAAGGGAAAUUUUCGAAUGAUCUCAAGAGCGUGCCAAUCUGCAACAGCGACUCCCUUUUCUCGUGAUAACCCACCCAGCACCUUUCCUCGAACCAUGGACUGCCCCUGCCGGACAGCAGCCCUCAGAAUCUUUGUCAAGAGCAUCGCCCAGAUUCAUGUCCCUCUUCGCGCCACACCACGAGUCACGCAACAACACGCCCAGUCCUUGGGCCAGCGCAACCGCUUUUACAAUCACGCGACAACUCCCAUGCUUGCGGCUGCAUCACGAUCAGUACACACAUCAUUUGUCAGGAACAGCGCAACAGAAUACGCCCAAUACGCCGGAACAGGAGGCGAUGAUAGUGGAGGCAAGCACAAUGAUGCUGCGGUGACGGCAGCAACUCCUGCAGACCAUUCCCCCAAGACUGGGUUUCAAGGCGAUCAUGCGGACACAGCGAGUUCUAGGCCACAUAAACGGGCGGCUGGCACACGCGAUGCGGAACAUUCGGACAGCAAGGCAAAGAAGGCCGGAAAGGACAAGGAACGACCUGAACCCGCACCCGAUCAUGAAGACGACGCGUGGUACCGGCCCAAAGAGAAAGAACCCUGGAUGAUCCAGAAGGAGGCCCUCAAGAAGAAGUUCCCAACGGGCUGGAACCCGCGCAAGAAGCUGUCGCCCGACGCGUUGGUGGGGAUCCGGAUGCUGCACAAGCAGUUCCCAGACGAGUACACAACCGAGGUGCUGGCGCAGAAGUUCGAGGUGUCGCCCGAGGCAAUCCGCCGGAUUCUCAAGUCAAAGUGGACGCCGGACGCGGAGGAAGAGCUCGAGCGCCAGGAGAGGUGGCACAACCGGGGCAAGAAGGUGUGGACGCAUUGGGCGGCGCUGGGCAAGAAGCCGCCGAGGAAGUGGCGCGCCGAGGGCAUUGUCCGCGAUCCCAUCUGGAACAAACCGAGAGGUCCGAACCACAAAGACAGGGCCGCGCGCGCCGAGGCGCAGCGAAAGCUGGCGAAGCGCAUGUUGGGCUGAUGCUCCGCUGUUCGACGGGCUUCGGCACGGGGAGUCGGAUCAAACUGUAACAUACAGAAAAGGAACGGAUGUACCAUACCAAGGCAGGCACUGUACGAUACGAAUCUGCGAUUGGUUCUUCACAGGCAUAUCUCUAUCCCCAGGUCUUGAGAGUGAAGUGGCAUGGCAACUAGACAGCCUACCAGCUGAUCGAGUCUGCGCCAUGAACAUUCCCCGCUGAGGUCUCUGGCUGAUUUUGCUGGUCCGAGCUCCAGGUCGUCCGGCAGUCGAGCCGCCAAUGGCAAACCAUGUCACAGCAGUUUCGCCGCAGAGUGCUGGACCGGUCCGCUAGGUAAUGCAACCCCCCAUUGCUCAGGCAUGGGCCCUACCGCGUCCUCCGAGUCACAUAUCCUCCGUAGAUUGUACCGAUAUCACAACAGCUCUAAGGGAAGGGCCACCACCUUGAGCAAUGGUAAGAGAUGAGAGG